AUGGGUUGCAAUCUGUGCAGUUUUCAGAAGAGGGAGGAACACUACAAACUGCUGUAUGAAGUUUCUCAGGUCAAUGGCAAGGAUCUAUCCAAAGCCACUCACGAAGAGGCAGUGGAGGCUUUUCGUAAUGCAAAAGAGCCGAUAGUAGUUCAGGUUCUGCGGAGAGCACCGCUGGUUAAAACACAUGGAAGCUCACAGGAUGUUCGCCUCAUGGAUGCUAGCACACAGACGGAUAUUACUUUUGAACAUAUUAUGGCUCUGGCCAAGCUGAGGGCAACUACACCUCCAGUACCUGACAUCUGUCCCUUCCUGCUUUCUGACAGCUGCCAUUCUCUUCAUCCAGUUGAGCAUGACUGUUAUGAAGGUACAGAAUAUCUUUCCAGUUUGCCUGCUGAUGGAGAUAGAACUGAGGAGUUUGAAUACGAGGAAGUCGAACUUUGUCGUAUUAACAACCAGGAAAAGCUGGGGCUGACGGUCUGUUACCGUACAGAUGAUGAGGAAGACACAGGAAUCUACAUCAGUGAGGUUGAUCCAAACAGUAUUGCUGCCCGAGAUGGACGAAUCCGGGAAGGGGAUAGGAUUUUACAGAUAAAUGGCCAAGAUGUCCAGAACCGGGAGGAGGCUGUGGCACUGCUCUCCAGUGAUGAAUGCAAGAAAAUAGUAUUGCUUGUGGCGAGACCAGAGAUGCAGCUGGAAGAAGGAUGGCUGGAUGAUGAAAGGAGUGAAUUCUUAGAGGAGUUAAACUUGGAAAUGCUGGAAGAACAACAACAUCAUGAACUACAGCAGUACCCCAGCAUUGAAGUAGAGCAGCCAAAGAAACAUGAAGAAGAAGAUGGCACCACAGAUACUGCUACCUCAUCAUCUAAUAACAAUGAGAAGGAUAGUGGAGUGGGCCCUACAGAUGAGAGCCAACGUAAUGACGAGAGCUCAGAGCAAGAAAAUCCACCCGAGGACCAGAAUAAUUCAACCCUGCAGAGCCAACAAGAACUUGAACAGAGCCAGGACUCUUUGGGAAGCAUCAAACCACAAUGCAACAAAACCCUAGUAUCUGGGGAAUACAUUGAAUCUGAUUUUAUUGAUAAUCAGGAAGAGGACUGUGAAAGGUUUCGUCAGCUGUUGGAGCUCAAAUGUAAGAUCCGAAAUCAUGGAGAGUAUGACUUGUAUUACUCAAGUAGCAGGAUAGAGUGCAACAGAAGGCAAAAAGAUGGAGUUGAGCAUGAGCUUCAGCUGCUCAAUGAGGAACUGAGGAACAUUGAGCUUGAGUGUCAGAGCAUUAUGCGAGCUCACCGUCUUCAGAAAGUAAAAGAUGAGUAUGGUGACAUUUGGGCACUGCAUGGUAACACAUUCAGGAAUUAUAACACUACUAUAGACCUUCAAGGGGGAAAACUUGAUGACAUUUUAGAGCAUCCAGAGAAAUCAGACAAAGAUACUUCCAGUGCUUACAAUACAGCAGAGAGCUGCAGAAGCACUCCACUGAAUGUAGAGCGAUCUCCUGAUAGCUCCCUUCAGCGCAUGAUUAGUAUCACCAACAGGAAAAACCUCAGGAGUACCAUUGUGGCUAAUCAGUUGUCUUCAAGACAAAUGAGCAGGGAGACAGCCCCAAACCAAACCAAAACUAUCGAACAAAAUAGCUCUGUUGAGGAAAAGGAGACUGUUUCAGAGAGCAGCAAGUCAACAGAGCAAGACAAGCAAAGCCCUGAGCAUAUUCCUUACUUAUCCCCGUAUCAUAGCUCCUCAUAUAGAUAUGGAAAUAUACCUGCACAUGCUAAGCAUUAUCAAAGCUAUAUGCAAUUGAUACAACAGAAAUCUGCUGUGGAGUACGCCCAAAGUCAGCUUAGCCUGGUGAACAUGUGCAAAGAUUCACAGAGGUGUCCAGAGCCGAAGAUGGAGUGGAAAGUAAAAAUAAGGAGUGAUGGGACAAGGUAUAUUACGAAAAGACCUGUCAGAGACAGACUCUUGAAGGAACGUGCCUUAAAGAUUAAAGAGGAGCGCAGCGGGACGACGACGGAUGAUGACACAAUGAGUGAAAUGAAGAUGGGUCGUUACUGGAGCAAAGAGGAACGGAAGCAGCAUCUGGUGCGAGCCAAGGAGCAGAGAAGGCGCCGGGAAUUCAUGAUGCGUAGCCGGUUAGAAUGUCUUAAAGAGAGCCCGCAAAGUGGCAAUGAAGGGAAAAAAGAAAUUAACAUCAUUGAACUAAGUCACAAAAAGAUGAUGAAGAAGAGGAACAAGAAGAUCUUGGACAACUGGAUGACCAUCCAGGAACUUAUGACACAUGGUGCUAAAUCUCCAGAUGACACAAGAGUGCACAAUGCUUUUUUAUCAGUUACUACCGUAUGAAUACAUCUGUUCUGGAAAAAAAUGUCUACUACCAGUUUUGGUAGUGUACAAUUGCCUCGUUCAAAGUGGCAUUUUCAAAUAUAUUUUGUGACAGUUUAUAGUUUGAUCUUUUUUGUAAGGAAAUUACUUGGUAAUUUUACAUUUGCUUUUCAUACAAUAGUAUUUUCUUUAACUGGUAAUUUUGCAGUCUUUCUUUACUCUGUGGUAUAUUCCUAAUGUUCAUUUCUAUUUUAAAAAAAAUAACUUUUAAAAGGGGGGGACCAAUUACUUUCGUACUGAAUUUUGGAGAUUAAUACUUGGGUCUUUUUUUCUAGUUUCCUUUUUUAAUACUUUACUACAACUGCAAUGCCAAAACAAAAUGCUUUAUACCUUAUUCUUGCUUAUUGGCAGCUUAAAUUUUUUAAUGUUGUUCAUUCCAUCUGUUCAUAAACCACAUGCCACAUCUCUUCAUGAUGCUUCAGAAAGACAUUCUGUCCAACAGCACAUUGUACAGUAUAUUCACUUUUUAAAUUGGAAUUGUCUUUGUCCAAGUACAGUGUUGGUGAGGAAUU